AUGCGAGUCACUUCUCAUUCCGUUGUCCCGCGCGACAUCACCGAAGAGUUUACAGCCGCGGCCUCAAAGUUAAACACCGGUCAACUCGUCAAAGAUGAAUACUUUACGCUAUUCGAGGCAGUGGGUGCGCUGGAGAUUAUGGACUCGAAAAUGGACAGCGGAUACCUGGGCCCCGGAGAAAACCAUACGCAAGCUUUAGAGGACGACUACGAUAUUAUGCGGGAGCUAGCUCCGGAGGAGGUGAUAGGGAUCAUGGAUGAAUUGCUCUGCCACGAGAUGGCAUGGCACAUGGGACAUCCCCUCUCGCAGACCCUCUUCACAUCCAUCUACCUCGAUAAACUAUUAUGGCCCGUGCCCAAGUCCCUGGAAGAGGCUAGUUUCGACCGUCACAACGCUGCCCGGGAGAAAGGUGAAUCGGACAUGGUCCAUCUGGUGUUGCGCGCAUACUGUCUUGCGCUCGUCAAAUGCUGUGAUUUUGUCCAUUCGCGGGUGACAGCUGAGUACUACUACGAGGAGGAGGACUUUGUGACCCAACUAUACAACCGCAGUCUACUGUCACAGUUCGACGUACAAUAUUUCACCGACUUGCUGGAUCGUGCACUCUCUUGGCUCGAUGACCAGGAGGGGACCAUCGAUUGGAAGCUAAGAGAAGCGAUCAAACUCCGGCUUACGUUUCGGCGUGACUUUCUUCUCGGGCUAAAUCAGGAUGUCGAUGUGAUGGAAACGCGGACCACCCACCACUUCACGUCUUGUUUAUCCCAACUAGACCCAAUAACGAAGACGAUCACCUUAGGCACACUGGUACCUGAGGCCUUCAGCUGGAAAAUCCAGCGUAAACUGGCUAGUACCGUGCCUCCUCGGCCGAUGGUGAAGAUCAGCUCUGACGAUGCGCUGGCGCAUCUGAAACGGUUGUGCCAGGACGCCAUCGAUCUACUGGAGCUAUUAGACUACCGGGGGCCGUAUAACUUCAAGGUGGCUAUCUGGACGUUGCUGUCUCGAAAACCUCAGCCUUCUGUGUACAUCAGAUCCCUUCUCCAGACGGUGAUUGUGAACGUGGUGAACAACAACACCACCAUCCUCGGAACGUCACCGGCGAAGCAAUUUCUAUACGAUGAGCUUGGGGAGAUCGUUCUCCCGACCAGCACCCUCCUACAAGCCAACACAGAUGAUACAGAAAUGCCGACCGAUCCUCGUUUCCAGAUAGCCCAGCACAUGGAUGCCUUUGCGAAGCGUUUCGCGCCGGCCUUCAUAGACACGUUUCGAAGUGCGUGUCUGAACCGCUGUCGCAUUCGCCGAACGGUCUGCCACACCAUCGUUGACUGGGACAACCUGCAGAUGGAGGCUGAAGACCUCGAUGAACAGCUUCGCACACUAAGCAGCGAGUCUCCCUUGGUGCUACAAAACGGCGACGCGGCCUAUUCAUACCCGCUCAGCAGCUGGGCCUACCAUCAGAAACUGAGCCAAUUCCGACUGGUCCUACAACUGGGCUUCGAACUGUCGAUAUAUUCCCCGGAAGAGCUCCCCGGAAUGUACUGGUACCUAUCGCACAUCUGCUCAACCCAUCUCGGUCACAUCGACCGCAUCCGGACCUUCACCGUCGCCACGGCGAAACGCAACUUGACCGCGCUCGCGGGAAAGAACCACCAGGCGGUCGAACGGCACGGCGUCCUACAAAAAUCGCUCCGACUUCUCGAGCGCAUUACGACGCAGAUCGUCGCCGUCGACGCCUUUGCCAUCGCGCUGCAUGCGCUGUACGUUCUCCUGGCGCGCCAUGGGGUUCUCCCGACCGCCUCGUCGACCCAGGCAUACUCGGACGACCGGCUCCGCUACGAACUGCGCAUGAAGCCCUUCAUUCCCAUCACCCUGCCGGAACUCGUACCCUACGAGGAAUACCGGCGCGAAGCCAUGCUGGACGGCGACAGCGACGCGACUGUGGUGGAGCGCGCGACGAAAGCCAUUUCGGAGGCGCGCAAAGCAUGGGAAGCGACGCUGGCGAACGGCGCCUUCGUCAUGGAUGUCGACGACGACGACGACGCGGGGGAUCAACGGCGGGCGAUCGAAGAUGAUUGGAAACAGGAGGUGAAGAACACGAUGCGCGCGUGCAUCGGGGCCAGCAUCGCCAUCGAGACAGUGAAAAAUGCGCUGGAGAUGCACGGGCCAACCGGAGGCCCUGAAACCGCUAACGCCUCGAACCGGCUCUGUCUCCAGGUUGACAUCCCCGAGACAGGGUCCAAGACACGUUGGCAUGAUUGGUGGGCGGUUCCCCAGGUGUCACCGAUUGCAUCGUCCUAG